AUGAACCUUGGGCGUAAAGGUGGUUUGGAGUACAUUUCGGGGUUCGUUUCUAAAGAAGCUCACGAGCCAUGUAGUGGAAAGCAAAUCGUACCUUGGACUUUACGCACCCAUCGAAAAAUAACUAUUGAUUCGACAUCUUUAUCAUCUUCUAAUCGGAAAGUUCUUGAUGUUUUAUGGUCUCGACAAUAUUUAACGUAUUUAACGAAACAAGAAAUUUCAGAAUACAAAAUCGAAAAAGAGCGUUAUCUUCAAUUAAUUCCAAAUAUUGAUGAUCAAAUACAAGCAAAGAGUACAGAUCUUGUAAAUAAAUGGCAUUAUGAUUACACAGAGAAUACAAUAAUGUAUGAAUCCCAACUAGAUGAUUAUAAUCCAGCAUAG